AUGAAGGAUUUUCACGGCAUCCUCUUGCUCUCCAUCUCACAGUCAAAAUGUCCGAUAAUCCUUUGGAGGCAAUCUGCAGCACCAUUGGAAGAAUUUCAUUUCUCCAUCCGGACCACCCAUAGCUACUCCACCGAUAGUAGCCUCUGUUUCUUCUCUUCCUCAACACACGAACCCACACACAAAGCAAAUCUCAACUGGUCCAGUGAGCAGAGAAGAGCUUGGAAGGGCCACUUGGACUUUCAUUCACACUCUUGGUGCUCAGUAUCCAGAAAAAACCCAAACAGGCAGCAAAAAAAAGAUGUUAAAGAAUUGAUGGCAAUAAUAUCCCGUAUAUACCCUUGCAAGGAAUGUGCGGAUCACUUCAAGGAAGUGCUAAGAUCGAAUCCUGUACAAGCGGGUUCUCAAGGCGAGUUUUCACAAUGGUUAUGUCGAGUGCACAAUGUUGUUAAUCGGAGCCUUGGAAAGCCAACGUUUCCAUGUGAACGAGUUGAUGCAAGAUGGGGGAAGUUAGAUUGUGAGCAUCGUGUAUGUGAUCUACAAGGAUCCAUGACACUUUUUAGCACUCGAACGGAUUGAAUGUAAUGAUAAUUGAUGUAUAUUAUUCGAA